GGUAGUUGGUCGGUCGGUCGGUCGGUCGGUCGGUCGGUCGGUCGGCCGAUCGAUCAAUAUCGUAAAUUGAGCGUGACGAGAAGUUUACGGAGGCUCGCCGUAACGUAACACACCGGAUUCUGCACGAUCGAAAGCUCCGACGUGCGUGCAUGCGCGUCGCGCGCCGCGCCGAUUCCAUGAUUCCGCGACUCCGCCGCCGCAGCCUCGCUCGCAUUGCGGAAAAUGUCUACAAAGUGCCUCUCGAGGUUGGAAAUCUAAUGCCGUUGUAAAAACGGCAACUUUGAAACGCGCAAGCGCAACGAUCAACAUUCGGUUCACACGAGAGAAAAGUCUUUGACGUCGAGAUUACGACGAUCCGAUUCGACAGUUCCAUUUUCGAAACACCUCGUAUAAGUGUGAUUUGCUCACUCGGCGAGAGCAGAGAGCAGAGAACGGAGGCGGAUGGGUUAAUAUGAAGAAAGAGUCAUCGGCGCAAGCGUGUCCGGACUGAAAAAGCGUUUCCAGGUUGGAGAGCGUCUGUCCCGACGUUUCCGGUCCAGCGAACACGAUUCGCCGCACGAUAAUUACUACCGCACCGAGCAUACGAAGGGGGAUUCCGCAAUCGGCGACCUGCCACGUCGCGCCCGGGGGCUACUACGUUCUCCUUCAAACGGGCGAAUAUUCCGUGGACGUCGCGCGAUUAUCUCGACUGAUGAAUCAUCGCCGCGUUUCCCGCCAACGAGGUCGCCGCGUUUCCACACGCGCGUCUCCAUCCCCCUUCAUCUGAGCGAGUGUCGCGAACGUCGCGAGUCCCCCGCGGAGCCGCGAGGCCUCUCGACCUCGCGAGGAGCGAGAAACGAUCGGAUGGCCCCGUGUCAAGAUUAGCGUCUGUUUGUCCGUUAUCGCGCGACGCGAGCGAGGGUGGGGAGGCAACGACGAUGGGGAUUUUCGUAGUCGACGGUGAUGGUGACGACGGUGGUGGGCACGAAAGUCGAGUUUCGUGAUCCAGAAGAAGAACACGCGGGGGGAAGAAAGAACGGAAGGGCGGGGGCCGUAGCCGCGAAGAAAGGCAGGAGCUAUAAAAGAGCCGACGGGCCCGACGAUGGGCAUCAAACACCUCCAACAUGAAGGUGUUCGCAGUCACGCUUGUGCUGGCACUCGUCGCCACCGCGUACGGUGGUUACAUAAGCAGUGGAUAUGGCGGUGGCGGAUUCGGCGGCGGUAGCAGCGGAUGGAAGUUCGGCGGCGGAGGUGGAUACGGCGGCGGUGGCGGUUACAGCGGCGGUGGUGGCGGAUGGAAGUUCGGCGGCGGUGGCGGCGGCGGCGGCGGCGGCGGCGGUGGCGGUUACGGAGGUGGUGGAAAGAUCAUCAAGGUGAUCACGCUCGGCAGCGGCGGCGGCGGCGGCGGCGGAUACGGCGGCGGCGGCGGCAGCGGCGGCUGGAAGUUCGGUGGAGGAAGUGGAGGAUUUGGCGGCGGUGGAUACGGUGGCAGCAGCGGGUGGAAGUUCGGUGGUGGAAGUGGCGGAUUCGGCGGCGGAGGAUACGGUGGUAGCAGCGGCUGGAAAUUCGGUGGUGGAAGUGGCGGAUUCGGCGGCGGUGGAUGGAAACUCGGUGGAGGCGGCGGAUACGGAGGCGGCGGCGGUGGAGGCUGGUGGUAACUCACGGUGCUCACGAACAAAGGGAGCGAAAUUCGCUCGCUGAUCAUCCGCGCGUAUCUCGGCCCGUAAGCAUCGAUCGCCGUCGAUAAGGAAAUCAACCAGCGUCUGACUCUCUCUCUCUCUGAGUCUUCGACCUUCGUCAGAGGAUCCGCCCGCCAUCGAAAGAUGCCAAAAAAAGAAAAAAAAAGAAAGAACGCCAAAAUCGGGACAUUGCGUGAGGCAGAAGCGAGCGAAUUGUCCGGUAUCGCUACGAAUGAAUCCGCAAGGAAAGGCGUCCCAGCGUACACGCACGUACGAGACCUUCGUCCUCUCCGUUACCCUUCACCUACCAAGUACUGGGAUAUCUCUUUGGAAACAGCUAACGAUAUCGUCGCCUCGCUUCCGGCCAUUCGAACUUGCCACCGAAACGACUUCCUUCUCGACGGCGCGUUUUCUCUUCGCGUCCCGUCGCUCGCCUCCCGCUUCUUCCUUCGCAAUCCGGAAAAUCAGCGAGCAUUCCAUUUACGAGCGAAUCGUGCGCCCUGAUAUUUCAAUUCCACGUAUGAACAUUCGUCCACCCCUCACCUCCCCCUCCAUUUGCCCAAUCCGCGUGCUCUCUUUCGAGGAUCGGAGGCGUCGGAGCAAGGCAGCCCACCGGCACGACAUUUAGCCCGUUGCGAACACGUAGAGCAAAACCCGUGUAACUCCCCGGGGUAUUAUCUCGGAUAUCUCGAACACGGACGAGCGACAGAGUGACGAAAACCUGCAAAAUUACACCCGGUGAAAAAUAAAGCGCAGUGAUCCACACGCACACUUUUCUCCUUUCCCUCCCCUCAAUUGUCUGUUACCACCCGCUCGAUUCAACGAUCCACAAUAAACGAGUCAUACUGAUAGAA